AGAAGUUUAGCACAGUGCGUCACGUUAUUGAACAACAUGGCGGUAGCGGUUGUGAAGCGUUGCUGCUCUCCACUGAUGUUAUUGAGACGAUUGUCUGCGCCAGAAUUAACCACGCACAGCUGUUAUCACAAAAAAGUGGUUGAUCACUAUGAAAACCCCAGGAAUGUAGGAUCCCUUGACAAGAGUGCAAAGAAUGUCGGGACUGGCUUGGUCGGUGCGCCUGCUUGUGGCGAUGUCAUGAAAUUACAAAUUCAAGUGGACGAGCAAGGGAAGAUAACGGAUGCCAGGUUUAAAACAUUUGGCUGUGGAUCUGCCAUUGCAUCCAGCUCGCUGGUAACCGAGUGGGUUAAAGGGAAGACGGUGGAUGAAGCCCUUAUGAUUAAGAACACUGAGAUUGCAAAAGAACUCAGCCUCCCACCUGUCAAACUGCAUUGCUCCAUGCUUGCAGAAGAUGCAAUAAAAGCUGCACUGGCAGACUACACACUGAAACAAGAUGUCAAGGCAACAGCCAGUUAGACCCAGCUAGGCUCAUAAGUAGCAAAUAGUGAACAACCAUUCCAGUUCUGAAUUGUGUAAUUCCACACAAAGGCUAAGAAAUGGAAAACGUUGCACAAGUUUAGUCUGUAACUGGGAAUGCACAAUGCAAUAUAGCUGCUUUAAUAUUUAUUGUGGCGUAAUCAGCCUUAUCAUUAGAAAAUGUGUACUUGUUAUUUAUACAUUUUGAGAACUGGAUUUGUGUUAAUUUGGUUCUUUAAAAAUAUUUCCUGAAUAGGAGAGUUGCCACCUGUGCCAUUUGAAGGGCUUGUCUUCAACAAUAAUAAAAGGUGUGUAGCAUUCAACUAUAGGUUUAUUUUGCAUAAAAUUGACAUUAGAACAACAUGCUGGCAACAUUCAUCAGUGCAUCUAUAGACAUAUGAUGUAAUAACAAUAAAUGCUGUUGUUUUAAA